AUGAUUGUGGACUUCAGGAAGAGCACUGUCCCCCCGCCCCCACCCUCCGUGAUGGACUCCCCCAUCACCUCUGUGGAGUCCUUCCGUUUCCUGGGCACCACCAUCACCCAGGACCUCAAGUGGGAGCCGACCAUCAGCUCCCUCAUCAAGAAGGCCCAGCAGAGGAUGUACUUCCUGCGGCAGCUCAGGAAAGCCAAGCUGCCUGCACAGAUGUUGGUGCAGUUCUACACGGCCAUCAUCGAGUCCAUCCUCACCUCCUCCAUCACCGUGUGGUUCGCUGGAGCCACAGUCAGGGACAAACAGAGACUACAGCGCAUUGUGCGCUCUGCAGAGGAAGUGAUCGGCCGCAGCCUUCCAUCGCUGCAGGACCUUGCCAUCUGCGGAUAUUGUUGUCUUUUUGACAUCAUCGUCUUUUUACUCUGUUUUGGAGACAAUUAA